UCAAAGUCACUCUGUUCCCGUCCCCUGCGUCAAUCUUAAGCUGUCUUCGAGAACGCUCCCCCUCUAUAAAUCUCCUUCUCCGCACAGCGAAGCACUCUCUUUUUCUCUCCCUCUAGAUUUUCUCUCCCCUAGGGUUUUCCUCUCCUUCACUGUUCGUUCGUACUCUUAUCGGAGGACUCUACCUGCGACUUUGCUCAUCUCUCCGCCAUGGCGGGCGAGAAGCUAAGAGACUUGAGCCAGCCGAUUGACGUCGCUGUGCUCGAUGCCACUGUUGCCGCCUUCUUCGUUACCGGAUCUAAGGAAGAGAGAGCUGCUGCAGACCAGAUUUUGCGGGAUUUGCAAGCUAAUCCAGAUAUGUGGCUUCAAGUCGUUCACAUUCUACAGAACACAAAGAGCAUGGAUACCAAGUUCUUUGCUCUUCAGGUUCUAGAAGGUGUGAUAAAGUACAGAUGGAAUGCACUUCCUGUUGAACAACGAGAUGGAAUGAAGAAUUACAUCUCGGAGGUCAUUGUACAGCUCUCGAGUAAUGAAGCGUCUUUCAGAUCGGAGAGGCUCUAUGUAAACAAAUUAAAUGUCAUCUUGGUUCAGAUUGUGAAGCAUGAUUGGCCGGCAAAGUGGACAAGCUUCAUUCCUGAUCUAGUUGCGGCUGCUAAAACUAGUGAAACUAUCUGCGAAAACUGCAUGAUCAUUUUGAAACUCCUGAGCGAAGAGGUUUUUGAUUUCUCAAGAGGAGAAAUGACUCAGCAGAAGAUUAAAGAGCUGAAGCAGUCUCUAAACAGCGAGUUUAAACUCAUUCACGAGUUAUGCCUAUAUGUCCUCUCAGCUUCUCAAAGACAGGAUCUUAUACGUUCAACACUGUCUGCGUUGCAUGCGUAUCUUUCAUGGAUUCCGUUGGGCUACAUUUUUGAGUCUCCUUUGCUUGAGACACUUCUUAAAUUUUUUCCUGUGCCAGCAUACAGGAACCUCACUCUACAAUGUCUGACCGAGGUUGCAGCUCUCAAUUUCGGAGACUUCUACAAUGCCCAAUAUAUCAAGAUGUACACCAUUUUUAUAGGGCAGCUUCAGACAAUUCUCCCACCGAAUACAAAUAUCCCUGAGGCAUAUUCAAACGGAAGUGGUGAAGAAGAAGCAUUUAUCCAGAACCUGGCACUUUUUUUCACUUCGUUUUUCAAGUUUCAUAUACGGGUCUUGGAGUCAACGCCAGAAUUUGUUACCUUAUUACUUGCAGGUCUCGAAUAUCUCAUCAAUAUAUCAUAUGUUGAUGACACGGAAGUAUUUAAGGUUUGUUUGGACUACUGGAACUUGUUGGUUUCGGAGCUGUUUGAUGCGCAUCAUAAUUCUGAUAACCCUGCGGCAACUGUGAACCUGAUGGGAUUCCAGAUGUCUUUCGCUCCUGGUAUGGUUGAUGGCCUUGGCUCUCAAGUCAUGCAGCGGCGUCAACUUUAUUCUAACCCAAUGUCCAAAUUAAGAGGGUUAAUGAUUAACCGCAUGGCAAAGCCUGAAGAAGUGCUUAUUGUUGAAGAUGAAAAUGGUAACAUAGUUCGUGAAACUAUGAAGGACAAUGAUGUUCUCGUCCAGUAUAAGAUAAUGCGGGAGACGUUAAUCUACCUCUCACACCUUGAUCAUGAUGAUACUGAGAAGCAGAUGUUGAGGAAGCUAAACAAACAAUUAAGCGGGGAGGAAUGGGCAUGGAACAAUUUGAAUACACUGUGCUGGGCUAUUGGGUCUAUUUCUGGAUCUAUGGCAGAAGAUCAGGAAAAUAGAUUUUUGGUGAUGGUCAUUCGCGAUUUGUUGAAUUUGUGUGAGAUUACCAAGGGAAAAGACAAUAAAGCUGUCAUUGCUAGCAACAUUAUGUAUGUAGUUGGCCAAUAUCCAAGGUUCUUAAGGGCACACUGGAAAUUUCUAAAGACAGUUGUCAAUAAGCUGUUUGAAUUCAUGCACGAGACGCAUCCUGGUGUUCAGGACAUGGCCUGUGAUACAUUUUUGAAAAUUGUUCAGAAGUGCAAGCGUAAAUUUGUUAUUGUUCAGGUUGGAGAGACUGAACCAUUUGUAUCUGAACUUCUAUCUGGCCUUGCAACUACUGUUCAAGAUCUUGAGCCUCAUCAAAUUCACUCGUUUUAUGAGUCUGUUGGUAGUAUGAUCCAGGCAGAAUCAGAUCCUCAGAAGAGAGAUGAAUAUUUACAGAGGUUGAUGGCACUUCCAAACCAGAAAUGGGCAGAAAUCAUAGGACAGGCACGCCAGAGUGUAGAAUUCCUCAAGGAUCCAGAUGUGAUACGUACAGUGCUUAAUAUUCUACAGACCAACACUAGUGCUGCUACUUCCCUAGGAACGUUCUUCUUAUCCCAAAUCUCCUUGAUAUUCAUGGAUAUGUUGAAUGUGUACAGAAUGUACAGUGAGCUUGUGUCAACCAGCAUUACUAAUGGGGGGCCAUAUGCUUCGAAGACAUCAUUUGUAAAACUCUUACGAUCUGUUAAGAGGGAAACCCUAAAGCUGAUAGAAACCUUUCUAGACAAAGCUGAAGACCAACCGCACAUAGGGAAACAAUUUGUGUCUCCAAUGAUGGAAUAUGUGCUUGCUGACUAUGCAAGGAAUGUGCCUGAUGCUAGGGAAUCAGAAGUUCUUUCACUUUUUGCAACGAUUAUAAACAAGUACAAGGAAACAAUGUUAGAUGACGUGCCUAACAUAUUUGAAGCUGUUUUCCAGUGUACAUUGGAGAUGAUAACUAAGAACUUCGAAGAUUAUCCGGAACACCGGCUCAAGUUUUUCUCAUUACUCCGUGCUAUUGCUACAUUUUGUUUCCCGGCCCUGAUAAAGCUGUCGAGUCAGCAACUGAAGCUAGUGAUGGAUUCCAUUAUCUGGGCGUUUAGACAUACUGAGAGAAAUAUUGCUGAAACUGGGCUUAAUCUUUUGCUUGAGAUGCUGAAGAACUUUCAGCACUCUGCGUUUUGUAAUCAAUUCUUCCGGUCGUACUUCGUACAAAUCGAGCAAGAAAUAUUUGCUGUUUUGACUGAUACAUUUCAUAAGCCUGGUUUCAAGCUGCAUGUGUUGGUGCUGCAGCAUCUGUUUUGCCUGGCUGAGAGCGGUGCUUUAACGGAACCUAUGUGGGAUGUUGCAACUGUACCUCACCCGUAUCCGAACAACGCCGUCUUUGUUCGUGAAUACACUAUUAAGCUGUUGAGCUCUUCAUUCCCCAACAUGACUGCUGCAGAGGUCACACAAUUUGUUAAUAGACUUUACGAGUCGAGAAAUGACCCGUCCGAAUUUAAGAAAAACAUACGUGACUUCCUUGUACAGUCCAAGGAAUUUUCCGCUCAGGAUAACAAAGAUCUGUAUGCUGAGGAAGCAGCUGCGCAGAGGGAGCAAGAGCGUCAGAGAAUGCUUUCGAUUCCUGGCCUUGUUGCUCCUAAUGAGAUUCAAGACGAGAUGGUUGACUCCUAAACAAAAAACAAGAAUGCUGCAACAAGUGAAGAAAGCUUUCCCGUAGGCUUUGGAAUGAGUGAAGAGUUGAGAAGAGACGUUAAUUUCGUCACCCUGCUUUACCUUUUUUCGAGGCCUUCCUAGUUCGAUUUUGAGAAUUGGAGAAGCCAAGAAAAGAGAGAUCUUUAGGGGGUAAACUGGUGUUUUGUUUCGUUAGUUAAUUGGUUUUAAUAUAGAUUUAAAAACGUUAGGGCUCUUCUCUAGUUACAUGGUUGGCUGAUUAUUGCUUUGCUUUAAAUAUAUUAGACAAGUUUUCGGGUGUUUUUGUCAUAUUACUCGAGUGAUUCGUGCUUUAGGUGCAAGACAUUGUUUACCCUUUAUUAUUGUUACCAUUAAUAGAAAGGUGUUCUUUGUCCAAA